CGAUCCAGUCCGGGUCUUCCCGCCGCCCGGUCCUCUCCACUGAACUCCAACCCCCGCGCUCUCUAUCAGCAUCUCAUUCCUGUCUCAAUAUGUCUCAAGAUGGCGGCCAAUGCAGGAUCGAUGUUUCAAUAUUGGAAGCGCUUUGACUUACAACAACUACAGAAAGAACUAGACGCCACCGCCACGCAGCUUGCCAACAGACAGGAUGAGAGCGAACAGUCAAGGAAGAAACUAAUCGACCUGAGCCGCGAGUUCAAGAAGACGACGCCAGAGGAUUUACGGAAACAGGUUGCCCCUCUGCUAAAGAGCUUCCAAGGAGAGAUCGACGCCCUGAGUAAAAGAAGUAAAGAAGCGGAGGCCGCCUUCUUGAACGUGUACAAGAAAAUAAUCGAUGUCCCAGGGCUGACGAGGUUGAGAUGGUGAUGACAGACUUGGAGAGAGCCAAUCAGCGAGCAGAGGCAGCUGAGAGGGAGGCGGAGGUGCUCAGACAGCAGCUGUCCUCCACUAACCAAGCCCAGCAGCCCAGCAGUCCCACCAAGGCCGACCCCGACUCGGAGCAGGCGCCAGAGGUGGCAUUGCAUUCAAAUCUGGAGGCGGAGCUCAGGGCCAAAGAAAGGGAGACCGCCCAGCUGGUGGAGGAUGUCCAGAGACUGCAGGCCAGCCUUACCAAACUCCGUGAGACCACCAGCUCCCAGAUCUCCCAGCUGGAGCAGCAGCUUAGCAGCAAGUCUGCCGUUCUCAAGGAACUGGAGGAGAAACUGGAAAGGCAAGCGGACUACGAGGAGGUGAAGAAAGAGCUAAGUAUCCUCAAGACCAUGGAGUUCGGAACCGACUCGGCGCAGGACUCCUCCAAACCUCUAGAGGUGCUGCUGCUGGAGAAGAACCGGACUCUUCAGUCGGAGAGCGCUGCUCUGCGCAUCGCCAACACCGAGCUGAGCGGGUCAGCCGGCCGAAGAGGGACAGAAGAGUCCACAGCAAAGGAGGACGCCGAGCCCUCUUCCUCGCCACCUCCUCCGCCUCCCUCUCUCGCCUCCUCCUCCUCCUCCUCCUCUCAGCACCCCUUAUCCCGCACUCACAUAGAGCCCCUGAACACUGCCACCACCAGCAGCGACACGCAGCCCUUCACUCCCACGGGCAUCGGACAGGAGCUCUACUCGCCCAUGUUCCCCCUGGUCGGCAGCAAGAUGGCUCUGAACUCGCUCAUUCAGCGGCAGCUCCUCCAAACGUUCUACUCCAAAGCGCUGCAGGACUCCUCGGGCAUCCACAGCGGGGCGCUGCUGUUCACGCCGUUCACGCCGGCCCUCAGCUCCAUCCCCACGUCCACGCCGGGCUCGGGGUCCGCCGCCGUCCCGCUGGCGGCCAGCAGCCCGCAGCCGCCGCCGGCCAGCCCCGACAUGGCGCCGGUCAACGGCAGCAGCACGGCGGGCAGCGCGCCCUCGCCGUCGCCCAGCCACUCGGACGCCGCCGCGGGCAGCGUGCUGGACGGCGAGGACAUGGACACGGCGGAGAUCGCCCGGCAGGUCAAGGAGCAGCUGAUCAAGCACAACAUAGGCCAGCGGGUGUUCGGCCACUACGUGCUGGGACUGUCUCAGGGCUCGGUCAGCGAGAUCCUGGCCCGGCCCAAGCCCUGGAACAAGCUGACCAUCCGGGGGAAGGAGCCCUUCCACAAGAUGAGGCAGUUCCUCGCCGACGAGCAGAACAUCCUGGCGCUGCGGAGCAUUCAGGGACGACAGAGAGAGGGCUCAGGCCAGCCCCAGCUUAGCCGAGUGUUUCAGGACGCUCCGAAGCGGAGAACCCACUCCGAUACACCUUCACACGCAGGUAACAUCACGGCUCGCGUCCGCACCCCGGAGGCAGGCUCGGAUGAAGCCAUCAAGUCCAUCCUGGAACAGGCCAAGAGAGAGCUGCAGGUGCAGAAAGCCGACCUGUCCCACGCUCAGCCGUCUUACACUGGACUAAAAGGAGGGGGCGGCGGCGGUAUAGGAGGCGGCGGGGGCGGCGGCUCAGACGAAGCCAUCCGCUCCAUCUUGGAGCAGGCGCGCAGGGAGAUGGAGGCUCAGCAGGCUGCGCUGGAGCCCAUCCUCAAAGCUUCGUCCUCCUCCUCCUCCUCUCUGUCUCAGAGGGACAUCCUGGGCUCUUCCCUCACCGCCCCGCUCCCGCCCUACAACCCCCUGGCGCUCUCCCUCAAGAAGCCGCCCAGCUCCCACUUGUCCUCGCCGCCGUCCCCGUCUCCCAUCCUGGACUUCAGCUCCGGCGGGAAGAGAGAGGGCCGAGCUUCCUCAGGUAUCGACAUGUCGGCCGACGGCGCGUUCCGCCUGGGCCGCGCCGCCGAGGGCUCCUCCCGGCCCGGGAGCGCCGCGGCGGGGGGCUACUGGCGGGAGCAGUGGUGGAGCAACAUGCACUCGGACCACCGGAGGAGCGUGUCCGGCCCGGCGGGGGAGGAGAACCACAACCAGGAGGACUCCAAAGAGGCGAUACUGAGCGACGGCUUGAGUCGGCACAAGCCCUGGAACAAGUUGAACCAGAGGAGCAGAGAGCCGUCCUACCUCCGUAUGCAAACGUGGCUCAACGGCGACCAGGGGCAAAACGCCCACAUGCAGCAAACCCAGAACCAAGAGGGCACUCCCAAGACGUCGGCGAGCUGCAGCCCGGCUCCCGAGUCCCCGCUCAGCUCCGCCGAGGAGUCCGUCAACGGCCUCGCCGGGGAUCCCCUCGCCUCCCAGUCCUCCGGCCACAAGCCGCCGUCCGAAGACCCCUCGGGCGGCGAGUCCCAGCCCGGCACCCCGCUGCCCCUGCCGGGUCACUCGGGUCUCAGCAUCCAGGAGAUGGUCGCCAUGUCUCCUGAGCUCGACACGUAUGCCAUCACCAAGAAGGUUAAGGAGGUGCUGACCGAUAAUAACCUCGGUCAGCGACUGUUUGGGGAGACCAUCCUGGGUCUGACUCAGGGUUCUGUGUCGGACCUGCUGGCCAGGCCUAAGCCCUGGCACAAGCUGAGCCUGAAGGGCAGGGAACCCUUUGUCCGCAUGCAGCUGUGGCUCCAGGACCCGCACAGCGUGGAAAAGCUUAUGGACAUGAAGCGCCUGGAGAAGAAAGCUUACAUGAAGAGGCGACUGAGCUCUCUGAGCGACAGCCAUUGUGUGGACGGAGUCCUGACGGGGACGGAUUACAUGCAGGGCUCCCAGAGCCCGGGGGGCCAGCAGCAGCUGAAGAAGCCCAGGGUGGUCCUUGGCCCCGAGGAGAAGGAGGCCCUAAAAAAGGCUUAUCAGCAGAAGCCCUAUCCUUCCCCCAAAACCAUCGAGGAGCUGGCCUCCCAGCUCAACCUGAAGACCAGUACGGUCAUCAACUGGUUCCAUAAUUACAGGUCACGCAUCCGACGGGAGCUUUUCAUCGAGGAGAUCCAGGCAGCCGGAGGGGUGGGGCCCGGCAGCGACGGGGGAUCUCCGUCUCUUCGUGGGUCCAAAUCAGGAGAAGGGGACAGCUGUGACGGCACCGAGUCUGAGGGCACAGUGGAGCCCCGCCAGGGACUGGGCCUGGGUCUGGAGGACCACAGAGGAGCGUGCAAAGACCAAGGCAUGGAGGUAGAGUCCGAGGCGGGGGGCUCUAAUAAUUCCCCCGCGCAGUUAGACUGCAGCACCUCAGGCUCAGCUGGGCCGGCCUCCGGCUGUGGACAAAGCGGACUGGGCAUCUUCGGCCUCGCGGAGGCGUCCUCCGCCAGCUCCGCCUCGAGUACAAACAUGCCGGCCUCUGGAGCCGCCAGAAACCCCAGGGACAACAAUCUGCGCAAGAAGAAGGCGGCCAAUCUGAAUAACAUCAUCCACAGGCUGGAGAAGGCUGCCAGUAAAGAGGACCCCUCAGAGUGGGAGUUCUAGCUCCCCCCGCCCCCCCCGCCCUCAUCCUUAUCGUCUCAUAACCUCACAACCUCUAACCUUGGACCCCCCCUCCUCCUGCUCGGUUUCAGUCGGAGAGUGGACACAGCCAAAGUCAAGCUCAGCAGCCAUUUUUAUCGCUUAGAAGCUUUCCAAAAAAAAAAAAAAAAAAAAAAAAAACAUAAAGGAAAGAAAACAAAGAGUGGUUGGCAAAACCCUUAAGAAGAAGAUUUUACUGAGUACGUAGAAGAACAAAAUAAGAGAAUUGUCUCUCCUGUUUUUUUUUUUUUUUGUUUUUUUUUAACUGAGUUUUGUUUUUGUACUGAGAAAAAGCACUUAACCGUCCUGCUGGCCUCUGGCCCUGCUGUACCUCCCCUUAUCACCAGCCACUGGUGCACCAGACUGGUUAGUCCCGCGCUGGGGGUCUGACCCGCAGCCGGGGUCUGGAACCUGGACUCAGUAUCACAGGCAAGGCCUGACACAGCAGCUGUCACAGUGAUAGACACUGAUAGACCAUAGAUAGAGACACAAAACUCUCUUACAAGAACUCUUCUCACUUUCUUAAAGGAGACUUUUUUUUUUUUUUUUUUCCUCUCUUCUUCUCACCUCCCAAGUGUCCACAGACCUCCCCUCACUCAGUGAGACGCCUCAUUUUUUUCACACUGUAGAGUGACUGUUACAAACCCUUUGCCUUUUUCACUCACUGCGUGUGUGUGUUUGUACGUCAGGGGUUGUGUUUUCUGCCUGUGUGUGUGUGUGUGUGUGUGUGUGUGUACACCUAGACGUGGUGCGUGUGCGCGUGUUCUCUUCUCGGCGGCAGCGGGUUUUCUUUUAAGUCACUCCUGCUGCCAUGGUUACUGGAAUAAGACAGACAAACUUUGACCCGUUCUGUCCCGUUUCCUGUCCUGCUGACAGCCAUGUGAUGGCCAGAAGGAAAACUUUUUAGCUCCUCGCAAACACGCGCGCUCAUCCCAACAGGAAGGAAGGAAGGAUGGAAGGAAGGAGGCGACUUUUUCUCCGCCUCCUUCUGGCCCUCCUUCGCCGGGCGUGCGGAUGAUCCGUCUUUUUGAUACUGCAAUUCGGUUGCCAAUAAGAGAUUGCACAGUCUAUCGACUCUAAAGAGUACAAAAUAGGGAAUUUUAGGUUUUUAAUUAGUACUAAAAGAACAGAAGAGAGCGACAAGUUAGCGUUAGAGUGGGGGUGGGGGGGGGAAAAAAGUCAGCAGAUUAGACUGGAACAAUGCAACACGAUGAAUCCGUGUAGUACUGUAGCCGUGUGACGUCACUCUUUUCUCUUCUGUUAGGUGGACGUCACAGCUGCACCACUGGCGAAAAAAAAAAACUUUUCUCUGCUCACAAACAUGUUUUUAUAGGCCAAAUCAGGAAGAGAGAGAGAGUGUGUGUGUGUGUGUGUGUCUUUUUUGUGUGCAUUUAUACUUGCCUGCAUGUAAGUCAGGGUUGAGGUCAAUUCACACAGUAAAACUUUAAGGCGUAUAUUAUAAUUCCUGACUGAAAAAAAAAAAAAAAGAAGGGGUCUCGGCACGUUUUCACUGCUGGACGCCCUGUUAUCGUGUACUUUCUGCUGGUUUCCGUCAAAGUGAGUUCACUCCCCCCUACUCCUCCUCCUCCUUCUUCUCCUCCUUCUUCCUGAUUGUGAGUAGUUUCCACUCUUUUUCCAGUCUAUCCUGUAUCCAGGGAUGUAUGUCUUUUUUUUUUUUUUUUUGCAUUGAAUUCUACUGUAAACACUACAAACUUUAAGGCAUAUCACUUUCCUACCCCCCCUGUCCUACACAAGCCCUCAGUGCCUGUCAGCCCACUGCCUCUCCCCCCCCCCUUUGUGUGUGUGUGUGUGUGAGCGUUUGCAUGGACGCUCGAACACGCGAGCGAUCGAGGAGCGUGGGGCGUUUUCCAGUGAGUGGGGUCAUAUUUCGUAUCUCUACUUGCACACACUACUAGUGCACAACUGACACCCUUCUUUAAGCUGUUUGAUGCGUUACCGUUGCAUUAAUCUUCUCACAAAGUAGUGUAAUACUAUGAUUUACUGUAGCUUGGUUUUUAUUGCUAUUUUGCAUUUAUAGUUUGGUUUUUAUUCUGCUUAUUUAUAGGUGCUGUAUUUUUAUUUUUAUUUUUUGUUUUCAUUUAAAUGUCUUAUCAUAUGAGUUGUCUAUUUUUAAGGGAUUAUACUGUUCCUGAGGGCAAAUAACAUUUUUAUUAUUAGACGUAUAGACUGCCGGCAGUAUUGGUAAUAUUUACAAAGUUGUACUAGUUCUCAUUUGUAUAUUCAUGAAUCCUAAAGUUUAGUGUCAUUUCAAUAGCUUUGGAAAUGUGUUUGCUACAGUCCAUGCUCCCAUAAGCAUAAAAAGCUCUUACCGCAACAGUUAUGCUCUUAAAUUGCUAGCUAGAGAAUCAAAGGACAUAUCAAGAUCACUGAAUAUAUGUUAGUCUAUUCGUUUUUUAUUCUGGGAUGAUAAUGUUUUAUUUUCUUUUUCCUUGGGCAAGCCCAACACUAACUAACACUCAGCAGGGCACGCGACUCUUUUAUUCUAGCCCGACUUCGCCCAUCCGUUUAUCACACGAAGCGUAAAUGAACCGGUCCGAAUUUGUACUCAGAAAAAACAAAAAGAAGAAAAAAAAAAAAAAAAGGUCAAAUGAAAUUACCUAAACUUGAGAACGCACGCUCACUUGAAAGAGGUCAUAUCUGCCAAAUUGAGAUUAGAGAAGCGUACCAGCGAGCAGGACGUGCUGCGCCGUAUCGAGCAGAGACAGCCAGCCUGUGAUUAUGCAGAACUUCUAUUGCAGUCAGCAAACAAAGCACUUAAGAGGAUCUUUUCAGAUGACGUGAGCCUCGGACAGGGUCUGUAAACACUACGCCGGAGUACGAUUCCCAGGGAUCCUGGGAGGUGUUUGCCUUUUUUCUUUUUUUUUUUUUUCCCUUUUUCACCGUGGUUGUAAACCAAGCACAGACUCCCAUCCGCAUCCGAACACUAAAAAUAAGGAGGUGGCUGAUCCCACGCCAUGAACUGUAAUCCUGGCCAAACUACAGAUGACUGCGUGACACAGCGAGCCGUCGUCCGGUACAGCUGGAGCCACCUGUCCCCCCCCCCCCCCCCCCCCCCCCUUCCAGAUUUACGAGGUCUUUGCACUGAUGCGUCCGCUGAGAUUGGACUUUCUAAAAACAGAUGCAUCUGGAGAAAUGAGAAUAUGAUUGGAAGAUUAUUGCAUUAAGUCUAACUCCUCCAAUAUAGAUUAAUUUCACAUGGUGUGACGUAUUUAAGGCCGCUUUAUUUCUGGUCAUUUUGAUGAUCACAUCUUUAAAGCUAACGAAAACCUAAAGUUCAGUUUUCCUGGAAAAGUAGAAUGUUGCUUUUAGACCAAUAAAGAAGAAUAUUUAGUAAAGAAAUUUAGUGGAAAAUGAUGUUUAGGUACUUGAUCGAGGCUCCGGUUGCGCUCGCCUUCAUCUUGACCAUAACCUCCUGGUUUCCUGGAGAUAACGGCGGGGUUUACCGGCCAUGCAAGCACAGCGGUGCCAUGGUGAACCAAACCGGGGGGCCGGUACUUCUGGCAGUUCUGAUGGAGGAUUUAUACUAGCAUCACCAUAAGGGCCGUAUGACGCGCUCUGAAGCGUCCUGGUAGACGGCUGCUUGGACUUUAGACUUUACGGAGCGCGGCGCACCGACAACGAUCCAGAAACUGAAUUUAGGGUAAAUAGAAAAAAAGGAGGUCCAAGGCACUCUUCUUCAAAAAAUUUAUAUAAAGCCUUUAUUUAACUGGCUAAUUCAUCAUAGAACGUUUAAAAACAUAAGGAGAAGCAACCCACGCGUAGAGGCACAAGCAGCCUUCUUCAGGUUCAUGUUUUUAAACGUUCUAUGAUGAAUUAGCCAGUUAAAUAAAGGCUUUAUAUAUAUUUUUGAAGAAGAGUGCCUUGGACCUCCUUUUUUCUAUUCACUACUGGAUUCCUGAACCCAAAGAGCACCUUCAAAUUUUUAAUUGGAACUUCCUGAGCACCCUGGACUUUUUUGCCUUUUUUGUCUUUUUAAGAUACCAAGCACUGAAUUUUGGGUUUUUUCCGUCAGCCGGGAGCUGUGGUCUAAAAAACCGGACCCGGAAUAAAGUCGAAAACGAGUUUCCAGCCAAACUUUAAAUCCACCGAGAUGCACACGCGGUCGUCAAAGCCGUCCGAUCCUUCGCCUCUUCCUGCGGACGGCCGAUGUGAGACAUCCGUCCUCCGCAGCGGCGCUGGACGGAGCAGCCGCGGCGGCUUUCACACUAACCAACAAAAAAAAACAAACAAACACAAAGCACUUAAGCUAUCGCCCGUUCCAUCAGCUCGCCUAAACCACUGGAGAUCAUCAGAUUUGUGCCUUUAUCUGCCAAGCAGGGCACCGAACUAGUGAUGUCAUUAGACAGCUUUAGCUGAUGUCUCGCCACAAAUCCCAGUUUUCGUUCUCACAAACUUCGUUUUGGUACUAAAAAAAAUGUUUCUCAGAGUGCAGUGAAGCAAACUUACGUGUUUUAAGUCCAGGUCCUCAUGUUUGCCACCUCACCCCCUCUCCCACACCCUCCAUUGAUGCGUUUCUUGUGUUGUACAUAAACUAGCGGCGAAACAAAGGCCAGAGCAUCCGAUGAAGGAGGAAGCAUGCAGAAACAGCAGCGUACACUGUAAGAACACUGAAUUUAUUCGCGGGGCAUUUUUUUUGUACUUAUUUUCUGUUUUUUGACGUCAGGUUUUGCUGCGACAUUGAUAAACGGCACUACAUGUAUCGAUGGUGACGCGUGCCAAUCCUAGCGGGCUCCUCGGAGGGGACACGGGGGGGGGGGAAAAAGAGAGAGACGGGUGUAAAUAGGGAGCCGACUGAUCCGCUUUUGUCACGGCCGCGCUUCUCGUUUUGAAGGCAGGAGAGGAGAGAGAAGGGACGAUUCAGGACUUUUCCAUGAUCCACAGAUAUUUUUCUACAAAUUUAAAUCAGAUUAUUCUAUACACUGUUGAAUAACAUUGUAAAGGUGUAACAGAUGCUGUAUAUCAUAUCAUGUUUUCUGAAGUUGUGAAAGCUUUACUGUAUGAUCUGUUUUUUUGAAGUAGUAGUUCUUCGUUCGACGCGUUAGUUGUGAUGGAAGCCCGAACAGCAGCAGCAGCAGCACUGGUCGCCAUAUUCAGGAGACAAAAACAAAAAAAAAUAAUAAUAAAAAAAAAAAAAAACAAGAAAAAAAGAAGAGAGAAACCUCAGAUGUUUUUUGUAAUACUUUUAGAAUAUAUCCUUUGAAGUGGUUUUUUUUUUGUAAAGAAACACUUUCUGAAUCAGCGGUGCUGUACGCAUAGCACACUCAGUAAUACAUUUAUUUACACACAGCACAGCACAAUACACUCAUCCUACUUAAACCGCCCCCCCCCCCAUGACCCCCGACCCCCGUCCAUGUGCGUUUGUUUCUCCUCUCACUCACGUUGGCUCCCCUGCUCAUUUGAAGUCUUAAAGCCAUCGUCUCUUAGUUAACUUCGCGCUCAAAACGAGCGACUUUUUUUUAACUCUGGAACCAUAAGCAUUUCAAGACGUCGACAAGACGAAGCAAAAAAAUAAAAUAAAAAAAACACACACAAAAAACUGAAGAAGGAAAAAAAAAAAAGAAGCCAAAUAGUGACGUAGUUCUCCUCGUCUGUCCAGAGGCGGUCGACAGAUUUCCUGCGUGUUGCUACCUAGUGUCGUCGCUUCUGUCCGCUCAUAGCUUGAACCACAGUGUAGUCUGACAACCAAAUGACCUGGAGGGAGAUCUUCACACCCCCACGUACCCCCCAACCCCCCUCCUCUUCCUCCUCCCUCUUUUGGAAAGCUUUAAGAUGCUCGUUGAGGCUUUAGCAGGUUCAGAGUGUUUCUAGAUGAUUUUUUUUUUUUCUCCAACCCGCCAUCAACACCGUGGAAGUAAUAAUCCUCAUAAACUUCUCCCACUGCUUAUUUUGUGAGUGCGUGAGCGAGCGAGCGGACGUGUGUUGUAGUACAAGAGGCUGCAUGACUGUAAAGGGAUGUUACAAUGUUUUUUUUUUUUGUUUUUUGUUUUUUUAAUGAAUAUAUAUAAGUGGUUUCUUCAGCACUUCUGUCACUCCUGAGAUGCUUUUAUUUCUCUGUCCUUCGGGCUGUCCCUCUGUUUGUUUUUUUGUUUUUUCCUCAUGUAUCAUCGUUUCUUUUAGCUUUCUAUUAACUAAACGUAUCAUGUUGUUUGUUGUCAGCACUGUAAAACAGUCCCUUCUACGACAUUGAAAAGCAAUAUCACUGUAUGAAAUGUUCACAAUGUAUUUGUUAUGAUUGACAUUUGAUUCAUCAUCAUUAUUAUUCACAUGCACCCUAGGUGUGAUAAUUGAAGUAAAUCUCUUUUAUACAAAUA